GCUCUCAUAGAAAGCAAUCCUCUGGCUGUGCUGUGGUGUGUGCAAAAACCAGAAGUGAACUGCAGGACGACCCGGAAGAUUUGAACUGAGCUUUAUAACCACCCAGCAAAGGGGGGGGGAGGGAGAGAGAAAAAAGAAAGAAAAAGCCCAAGCUAGACAGACAGAGCAUCCCACGAGCGCCCUGGUAGGGAGGGGGGUUUGUUUAGGGGGGGUGGAGGAGACACUGCUUUUUUUUCCUCCCCUCCCAGAUAAAUUUGAGUGGGUAUUUUUUUUUAGUGCAUAUAUAUAAUAUAAAUUUUCUCCUCAUGUCUAUUUGCAUAAAAAGCGCCCCACGUUUCAAAAAAGCUCUGCAAUUUAAGCCAGGCGAGACAGAGGGGGCCUCAAAAGCAGAGCAGUCCCCCCCACAUGGGACCCUAGCUUGUGUUAACAGCACUUUGGUAGGAGCUGGCGAAGGCCAGUGAGCCCCCCAGCCCUGGGGACUGGUGCUUUUACGUGCCUGCACCAGCGGGGGACUGCCUGCCGCCCGCCAGCCUGGAGCACCAUCUUCACGUCUCCUCGGGCAGCUGCGGCCACCGGGCUUCCGAGGCCAGCCUGAUGGCGGAGCCGCGCUUUAACAACCCCUAUUUCUGGCCACCCCCUCCCACCAUGCCCAGCCAGCUGGACAAUCUAGUUCUCAUCAACAAAAUCAAGGAGCAGCUCAUGGCAGAGAAGAUCCGGCCGCCACACUUGCCCCCAACGUCCGUGUCUUCCCAGCAGCCUCUGCUGGUGCCCCCCUCUCCCGCGGAGGGGAGCCAGUCGAUCAUGUCCAUUCCCAAGCUGCAACAGGUCCCUGGGCUGCACCCCCAGGCUGUCCCCCAGCCCGAUGUGGCCCUGCACGCCCGCCCAGCCACCAGCACCGUCACAGGUUUGGGGCUGGGGUCCCGUGCCCCAGCAGUCAGUACCUCGGAAUCCAGUGCUGGAACGGGCACCAGCACCCCCUCUACGCCCACCUCCACCAGUCAGAGCCGCCUCAUUGCCUCGUCGCCCACUCUCAUCUCAGGGAUCACCAGCCCCCCACUCUUGGACUCCAUCAAGACCAUUCAGGGUCACAGCCUGCUGGGGGCGCCCAAGACGGAACGGGGUCGCAAGAAGAUCAAGGCAGAGAACCCGACGGGACCUCCCGUCCUGGUGGUGCCCUACCCCAUCCUAGCCUCGGGCGACAUCGGCAAAGAGGGCAAGACCUACAGGUGUAAAGUCUGCCCACUCACUUUCUUCACAAAGUCGGAGAUGCAGAUCCACUCCAAGUCCCACACAGAGGCCAAGCCCCAUAAGUGCCCCCACUGUUCCAAGUCCUUUGCCAACGCUUCCUACCUGGCGCAGCAUUUGCGCAUCCACUUGGGCGUCAAGCCCUAUCACUGCUCCUAUUGUGAGAAAUCCUUCCGCCAACUUUCCCACCUCCAGCAACACACCAGAAUUCACACCGGAGACAGACCCUACAAGUGCCCUCACGCCGGCUGUGAAAAGGCAUUCACUCAGCUUUCCAACCUCCAGUCUCACCAACGGCAACACAACAAGGACAAGCCAUACAAGUGUCCAAACUGCUACCGGGCGUACACAGACUCGGCGUCGCUCCAGAUCCACCUCUCGGCACACGCAAUCAAGCACGCCAAGGCCUACUGCUGCAGCAUGUGUGGGCGGGCCUACACUUCAGAGACCUAUUUGAUGAAGCACAUGUCAAAACACACGGUGGUUGAACAUCUAGUGAGUCAACAUUCUCCCCAAAGGACGGAAUCUCCUGGCAUCCCGGUCCGGAUCUCACUCAUCUGAAUCACGGAGAGCCCUCCCUCCCCUCCUGCGUGGCUGCCCCCUCUUGAACUGCAGAGGAAGAGGGAGGAACAGGGUAGCAAUCACACGUCACGAUCGUUGUGCAACAGCAUCUCCUCAAGGCCUUCUGCGUCUCCCUUGCUGUCGGCCAGGACAGAGAGACUAAAUCUGGCCUUGCAAGCAGCCUUUGGACCCUUACCACGCUUGGGUAGGGGAGAGGGCAUUGGGGGGGGGGAAGACAAGUGGGAAAUUUCUCCAAUUUUGGUGGCAGCCACAGACAAUUCCAGAGCACUUUGAACAUGCACACCUCUCCACUCCCCGCAAUACAGCCCCCCCUCCUCACACAGGUACCCCCUUUCCUUUGAGGUCGCCACCUCUCCCCCCCACCCCAGCCCUGGGGAAUCCCCUAAACUGUUUUAAUUUUGGAUACAAAAAAAUAAUAAUUCCAGUACAGAGCAGAAAUGUACGAUGCAGUUAGAACAGGGAAGCGGCCCCUUUCUUGACUCAUGUGGAGCUUCCAUGGGACCCUUUCAGCCGAGAGGUGCCUGGUGCUCUUUGCGGCGCUGCCAGGAGGGCUGGGGAUGAGGAGGCUUACGAAGCUGCAGUGCCACAUGUUCAAAAGCCACGCCCGCCUUGCUGGGGUUUUGCAGCCAAGGAUUACACCAUUCCACAGAGAGGGGAGGAUGCCCCUGGGGUCACAGGGAGGCCUGCCCUUUUCCAAGACAUGGAGGGGAGAAGCGCUUUUGGAAGAUUGUACAGUUGACUUGAUGGGAGGCACGCUGGGAACUGGUGGGGCGGGGGGGGGCAAGGUUGCAAGCCAUCGCAACAGCGCGUAGUAUUGUGCCUCUUCGAAUCUGCACAAGGCUCUGUUUGGCCCAUCAGCUUUGUGGCAGAGUUUAAAAGCCUGUAUUUGUGUAGUGGGAACGCUUAACUCCGCUUCAUUACUGUAUGGAAGAGGGGCGUUGCUAGAGGGGGGGGGAAAGGGGCAGGAAGGGGUGUCUUAUGAGGCAAGAAAAGGGGCUGGACUGCGUGUUCCACAUUCUCUCUGCCCAGGCCUGUGUAGAUAGAGUUAGGCUCACCCACCGUACGAUGUACCCUAAAGCCCAUUGCUUCCGGCCCUUGUCUCAGUGGGGCACUGCCAGCCAGAACCAGCAAAGCCAAAAGGAAUUUGCAAGAUGUGGUUUGGGGCAGAAGCUGGUUUGGUGGUUGCCUCUUGACUCUGGCUGCCCCACCCUGCAAGAGAGCUCUGAACCUCAUCCCUCCGCCUGCCUGUGCACCUGCAAACCGGCUAGUGCCCAUGCUACUGCCUCCACGGGUGUCUCAAGUCCCAACUGGCAGGGUUGGGGAAGGUAUGCCUUCCCAUGCCCUCCCAGUUCCCAUGUGCUCCAGCCAGCAUGGCCAGAGGUGAGGGGAGUUGUAGUGCCAACGGUGGCUGAAGGCCACAGCCCUGGAGCCCAGGGGGGAAAAAGUGAUUCCUAACAUGGUAGCUCAUUUCCAGUUGACUAGUGCUCGAUGGUGCAGAAUGGGUGAAAUUAUCUGCCUUGUCCAGGGACUAUAGUUUAAUGGGGUGUGAUCGCCUUAGACCAAGACCUAGCGGGGUUAUAGGAGGACCACCUCACCUGGGUUGUUGAAGAGGAACCACAAUCUCGCCAAAGAUGUAUUUCAGCAGAGGAAUCUGGGUUUUAAAAACAUUUUCCAGAGAAUCCUGAGGUUCCCAAAGGCUCGCCCACAUGCAAAGCCAUAGCGUUAGACAUGUUUCUAGACUGCACUCACUCCGUGUGGCUGGGCCUAACAGAGCUGACUGAUGUACCUGAGAACUGAAUGCACCCCAGAAGUCCCAUAAGCAAACAGUCUGUGGAAGCCACACUGAUGAAAGGCGCUGAGAAUAUCUGAAGGCCACAAUGAUAAGAUGAACGUUGUGUGAUCCUCUACUCCGGCUUUCUUAUGUGCAGCAUCUUUUGCUGCAGGAAAGCUUAUCCCAGAGUUGUGAGGUUGUUUCCAUCCGAUUCCUUGCAAAAGGCCGUUUUGUUUUCAUACACAGACAAAUUUGCUAAUCCAAGAUCAGCAGGCGAGCACAACAGAUUCUUAAAGCAACUUCCCUUGAAAAAAAUAACCACCAGAUGAGGGGGUUAUUUUCUUUGACUCAUUUUGGUGGCUUCCCAUUUCCCCAAAUCUUUCAGUCCACGGCUACAUCUUGGCUCCAGAUCACUCUCACCCCCCAACAGGAACCCCCACAUGGUUUUCUUCGCUAUCAAAAACUGCAGAGAGGAGGGUAGAGUCAGCAAAAAGGAUUUGGAAAAUGAUGCUACACCUCCCUCCAAACCAGGUCUUUUGGCAAUUCCCUAAACGCCACACCUCAGCAGGCACACUGGAGCCCCCCUCCCAAAAAAACAAAACUUAAAAACCACCUCUAUAUUAUAUAUCUUUCAGUUCCAUUUUUAAAAAUAUGAAUUAACUAUUUUUUUUAUUAAAAAACUUUUUAAGCCUUAAAAAUAUAUAAUUUUGAUCAUUUUUUUUAUCAGUUUCCUUUAUCGCUGUUCAUAUUGAUUUGAUCCUUUCCUUGUUUGAAAGUCUUGUAUCCUUCCAUUUCCCUCAGUUUGAAUUGUUGUAUGAUAUUCAAUAUUGUAGCCUUUUUUUUUGUCCGCAUGUUAAUAACAGUGUAAAUAGGACUCUUCUGCAUAAUGUUAACUUUUUUUCCUAUAUAAAAUUGCCCAGGCCACAUCUAGCUAGUUAUUAUUACCUUAUUGCUGAAAAAGGAAGAGUUUUUAAAAGGGUCUCUCUCCUCACCCACCCCCUUCCCCUCGAAAGUCUUGCAUUGUGGUAACAAGGACAGGUGGGAGGAGGCCAUUUUCUCCCUGAUCCCAAAAUUCGUUUGCAUUGUUUUGAAAUGGAAAUGAAAAAAUUGCUUUGUAUUUCUCUGUUGUGGAAAAAUAAUAAAAAACAACUUUUCAACCUUG